AGAACAGCAAUAUUUAGAUGAAAAUGGACAACCAAUGACAAAGUCAGCCAUAAAAAAGCUCAAGCAACAACAAGAGAAGGAAGCAAAGAAGAAGGCCACACAGGAGCGUCUGGCGAAGGAACAAACAGACAGACAAGCUGCAGGCGGUGAGGACACUGCAGCUCAAAACUACGGCCCUAUUAAGGUACACUCACAAGAGCGCACCAACAUUGAGCGCACUCAAAUUAAGGACAUCGACGCUUCAUACAAAGAUAAGCAUGUUGUUAUUAGAGCGAGAGUGCAAACUUCAAGAGCUCAAGGUGCAAAAAUGGUUUUCUUUGGAUUCAGACAACAAGACUCUACAAUCCAAGGUGUUUUGGUCGUUAAGGAACCUGCAGUUUCUAAACAAAUGGUCAAAUGGGCAGGAUCAUUAGGUGAUGAGUCAAUCGUCCUCAUCGAUGGUAUUGUACAGCUUCCAAAAGAGCCUGUACACUCAGCUACUCAACAAGACGCUGAAAUUAGCAUCCAAAAAAUCUACACUAUCGCCGAUGUCCCAGGUGGUAAACUUCCAUUCACAAUUGAGGAUGCCUCACGUCCAGAAGCUGAAUAUGAGAAGGAAGAUGCUCAAUUCAACAAGGUUCACUUGGAAACCAGAUUAGACAACAGAGUCGUUGACUUACGUACCCAAACCAACCAAGCAAUCUUCAAGAUACAAUCAGCUAUCUGUAAAUUGUUCAGACAAUCACUUGAUAACAGAGGUUUCAUUGAAAUUCACUCACCAAAACUCAUGGGUGCCGCUUCAGAAUCUGGUUCUUCUGUUUUCAGUGUAUCAUACUUCAAAUCACAAGCUUUCUUAGCUCAAUCCCCACAACUUCCAAAGCAAAUGUGUAUCGCUGCUGAUUUCGAAAAGGUUUAUGAAAUUGGUCCAGUAUUUAGAGCUGAAAACUCAAACACUCAUAGACACAUGACUGAAUUCACCGGUCUUGAUCUCGAAAUGGCUUUCGAGGAGCACUACCAUGAGGUUGUCGAAGUUAUGGAUGAAAUGUUCAAGAACAUCUUCAGAGGUCUUAAGCAACAAUACGCAAAGGAGAUUGAAAUUAUCAAGGCUCAAUUCCCACACGAUGAGUUCGUCUUCCCUGAGGAGACUGUCAAGUUGCACUAUAAGGAGGCUAUAGCAUUACUCAGAGAAGCUGGUAGAGAAGUUGAUGACUUUGAAGACUUCAACACCGAGACGGAGAAGUUCCUCGGUGGUUUGGUCAAGGAGAAGUACAACACUGAUUACUACAUUCUUGACAAGUUCCCAUUAAAUUGUCGUCCUUUCUACUCCAUGCCGGACCCUGCUGACAACCGUUACUCAAACUCUUACGAUUUCUUCAUGAGAGGUGAGGAGAUUCUCUCAGGUGCUCAACGUAUCCACGACCCUGAGUUCCUCAUUACUAGAAUGAAGGAGCACGGCAUCAACCCAGCAGAUAUGCAAGGAUACCUGGAUGCUUUCAACGUUGGUGCACCACCACAUGCAGGUGGUGGUAUCGGAUUAGAGAGAGUAUUGAUGUUGUUCUUAAAGCUCAACAACAUCAGACGUGCCUCACUCUUCCCAAGAGACCCAAAGAGAUUGGCACCAUAAGUAUAAACCAAAAAUUAUGCAUUUCCUCAUUACUAUUAUGCCUCAGCUGGUGGUUAGUCUUCUAAGUUCUACAUUAUCUGGACUAUAUCAAGACUCAUGAGUGAAAGAAAUGUGCCAACGACUUAUUUCAUAGAACUUAAAGAAGCCUCUAGUUGUUAUACAAUAACAACAUCGAUGAUUUCAGAAUGGUUUGCGUUUUUAACAGAUUCUGCCUGAGCUUCGCUGGAAAAUAUACAGAGUUUCUCUUGAAAUCUCUAAUAAGUUUCAAACCCAUGAUUUAGUAUCUUCAGAAAUGUUAAGAAUUAGAAUCGCUCAUAUAUGGAAAACUAAUGAUCGAUCAAUGACGAAGCUACGACGUGAAGUACUUCUCCAGAUUGCUCUUAGUUUAGCUUAUAUAGCACAUAUAUCACUCUACUUCCAUCGUAUGUUAUUCAAUAAUGCAAUUGUGAAUUUACAUGGCAUCCUCGCUCAAACCGAUUGAUUUAAGUUCGUUCAUGACCAAAUCACCUACAUUCAUAGCAGGGUACUUUGGUAAAUGUUCUGGCAAUGCGAAUGAAGAUGAUAAAUGGUAGAAGAAUGUACUUGAUACUCGUAUCAAUGGACGUUCUGGAUGCUCUUUUUUCUGUUUCUCGAUUUGUGAGAGUGUUUUCU